UUUAAAGAGAGAAGGCUUUUUUUAAUGAAAAGAAUAUGACGCAAGUAUUUGACGCAAGUAUUGCUAUGCAAUCGCAGCAUUUAUAUUAACCGUGACUUCACAUGAUUUUAAUUUAUUGUAAAAAAAUUUUGAAAUUAUCUUGUUGUUUUAGAAAAAGUGAAAAUUGCACUAUUGCAAACGUUUUUAACUUACACCCGGGAUCUAAUUAAGAAAUUAACUAUGUUUUGACAAAUUAAUAAAGAUAAAAAGCUUGAUGUGCUAUGUCACAAGUUUCCCGAAUCGUGUAAACUUAUAUUCGCGAUUGACACAUUCACGUAUACCGGAUGUUUACUUUGCAGACAAGACGAAUGUCUUCCUUUUUAUUGAAGUCGUACAUGCGCACGUCUUUUAUUCUUCGAAACGACGGCAAUUUUUAAUAUCAUUUACCUUAUAUUAAAAAUAAAAAGAUCAAGACAUUGUUGUUUUUCACGUUGGCAAAAUUUCAAAAAACACUACUCUUUAUAAACGGCGAGUUUGUUCCAACGCGGAUGCAGCCGUGCUCCGCGCAUCAAAGGGUGACAAUAUUGACAUCGUGUACAGUCGAUCUACCGCGAGGUGGUGUAAGCUCACAACGGCAUCAAAGAAUAAUCCGACACGUUCUAGUCCGAAUUUAAAAUUCUCUCAUGCAUCACGUCCUGGAGCUGCGUAAUACGGAAUGAAUAUAAAUAAGUAAUACGCAACCCGUCAAAGAUGGGCGCAAGCAAGGGACUCCUUUUCUUACAGACGUCUAUCUACGUCAUUCUUAUCUGGCGCGAGGAAGCGCUCCUACUUUGCAGCAACAAAAGCAUUUUGCUCGUAUCAUCCCUUAAAGCUGGAAAAUAUGAAAACGUUACUUCUCUCUGUAAAGGGAUAAUAGGAUUCUGCGUUUAUUUGAAGAUGCUGAUCGGAUUAAAAUACGACUAUCGUAAAUGUGGAUCACGCAACGAAAGUACAUUGACCAAAAUGGACUUGGAUACAGGCCCGACUCACGUCGCGGGCGGCGCAGCGUUCAUAUCGAUUUCUUGCGAAGUACCGAUAAGAGUCGGCGGGUGUACGCCACUUUAUAACAGAGGAACGAGGUGGAAAGCAGUAGGACGGAGACAAAGUAGAAAAGGCAGGGCAGGAAAGUCUGUUCGAAAUCGUUCGACACUGAUCGAGCAGUUCGACUAUGCAUCGAAUAAAAAAUUGGAGACACAUCUGCCUUAUUCUCCAAGUCAACUAUAAAAUCAUUAAACGUAAAAUAUGUUAAAAUAUAAUUAAUAUUAAAUUGUUAUAUUAUUUUUUUCUUGCUCCGUAUUAAAUAAAUCGUUAUAAAAAUAACUAUACAAAUCACCGAAUAUAGAAUAAGUGUAGAUACGGUAAUAAUCAUAAAAAUAUUGUUAUAUUAUGUAUUGAAAGUCGUGUGGUAACAUAAGCGAUUGAAUAGAUCGAAACUGACACAGCAUUUGAACGGAGAAUAACUGGUAAGCCAUUAUGUCAAUGAUAUAUCUCGCCCUAUAAACAGGAUAAAUGGUUUAGUGCCGAUUGCGGCCGAAUAUUGAGGAUUAGAAUAGAUCAUUAAGCAGACGUGGUCGCGAAAAUAUGCGACGCAACGAGGCGUAUCAUCGACAGGCUGAUAACAAUGACACAUGUUCCUUAACCCACGAACAGAUUUAUUGCUAUUGCGUUAUUGUACUAACAAUAAGAUAUUUUCUAUAAUACAUUGAAAAUAUGCGCAUUGAUCAUUUUU